UUCGCCCCGCCCCCGGUGGCGCGGAGUGCAGAGCCAAGAUGGCGGCCGAGUUGGAGUACGAGUCCGUCCUGUGUGUGAAGCCCGACGUUAGCGUCUACCGGAUUCCUCCCCGGGCCUCCAACCGCGGUUACAGGGCAUCUGACUGGAAAUUAGACCAGCCUGAUUGGACUGGACGCCUCCGAAUCACUUCAAAAGGGAAGAUCGCUUAUAUCAAACUUGAGGAUAAAGUUUCAGGGGAGCUCUUUGCUCAGGCACCAGUAGAACAGUACCCUGGUAUUGCUGUGGAGACGGUGACAGAUUCCAGCCGCUACUUUGUCAUCCGGAUCCAGGAUGGAACUGGACGAAGUGCUUUCAUUGGCAUUGGCUUCACCGAUCGGGGUGAUGCCUUCGACUUCAAUGUCUCCUUGCAAGAUCAUUUCAAGUGGGUAAAGCAGGAAUCCGAGAUUUCCAAAGAGUCUCAGGAGAUGGACACCCGUCCCAAGUUGGAUCUGGGCUUCAAAGAAGGACAGACCAUCAAGUUGAGUAUUGGGAACAUUACAACUAAGAAAGCGGGUGCUUCCAAGCCCAAGACUGCAGGGGCUGGGGGACUGAGCUUGCUCCCACCCCCACCCGGAGGCAAAGUCACUGUCCCACCACCAUCCUCCUCAGUUGCCAUCAGCAAUCAUGUCACUCCACCACCCAUUCCAAAAUCUCACCAUGGAAGCAGUGAUGCAGAUAUCCUGUUAGAUUUGGAUGCUCCUGCGCCUGUCCCGGCACCAGCCCUGGCUCCAGUGUCUGCAGGCAGUGACUUGUGGGGAGACUUCAGCCCUGCUUCUAGCUCUGUUCCAAAACAGGCACCACAGCCAUCCAACUGGGUCCAGUUCUGAAUAGCAUCAAGGACAGACUUGAAGAAACAAAAAAUCACCUUGAGGGCACCAAUCUGUGAGGGAAGUUAGGAGCCCCUUCUCUUCCCAGAACCAAACUGACUGGACAAUCUUUUCUGCAGCUCCUCCAUUGCACUCAAGCUGGAUUACGUCCCUCCCCUGUGUUGGUACUUGCUGUACAGCCAGGAAAGUAUCUCUUAUCUCCUGUUUGCGGUUGAGGCAGGGGAAUAGUGGGUCUUAACCAUACUUGUGGCCGACUAUGCAGGGCCCCAAAGGCCAGAUCUCUUUGAGAGAGAAGUGAAUUCUAACAUCUGUAAAAUCGUUCUUUUCAGUUCUUUAACUUACUUCGGAAUCAUCUCAUGACCCUGUGUGCCUCUUGGUGAAGCCCUAUUUGGCAGUUUCAGGGGAGACAGAAACCUUGGGAUUUCCUUUCCCACUAACCCACGACCCUCCGAAUGGACUGACUGCCCUCAGUGUUUACAGAUCCCGAGUUGUGAUAGGGAUUACGUCCUGGGUCCCUGUGCCAGGCCCUCCCUCAGGCUUCUCCUGUCCGGUGAGCAUCCCGCACUGGGUGCAGCUCCAUUGCCCUCUCAUGUGUUUACAUGUUUCUUCCUGUGCUCAGAGGGUUUUGUCGGUGGCUCCUGCACUGUUUUUUUACCUGUUGAGUAGUGCGGCAUCUUUGGUCAGCGGGUGUCUCUUUGAGGAACUGUUGAGUAGUGCGGCAUCUUUGGUCAGUGGGUGUCUCUUGGAAGAAGGAGGUUCAAGGGCUGUGUUUUCCAAGUUCCAUUGCAGAGGAGCAUUGACUUUCUUGCAGCUCCACCUAGUUGCUGCAUUUGAAGCGCGGCAUUACUUUGUAUUUGCCCCCUUAUUUGACCUGGAGUUGAAGGGUCUAGAGUUUUUAACCUGAUCUGUAGAGCAGAUGCAUUGAAAAGCACGUGACUCUUUUUCAGUGCCCACAUUGCCUUGCUGCCUGGGUAUCUGGCCCCUUUCCAUAAACAUGUAUUUUCCAACGCAUCUAGCCCUCUCCCAGGAAGCUGCUAUUACACACAUCGUCACUAAUGAAGGAAGCUGGAGAGUCCGCAGCGCUGGCUGUGACAGCGUCUGCCCGAGGGACGGCUUUCCCACGCCAUCACAUCGGGUGUCCCGAAAGCAAGUUGCUCUACCCCCACUUUCCCUGCCUCCCCCACCAUUCCUUUUACAGUGCUGUGAAGAGAGUUCCCUUUCUUAGAGGAAUGGGCACUAUCAGUUUUGUUUGUUGUGGACAAUUUUGAGGGUGAGAUGGGAAGAUACCGUUUCUUCCCUUAGCACUUCUUUGGGUGUGCACACUCUGGCUGAAGGGAGCCUUCUGUUUAGUUUUACAAUGUAGUCUCUCUCCUGGAUUUUCUUCUUGACUCUUUGUCACUUUGGGUCCAUUUUUUCUCAUUGCCUCCUGUUCCAGGCAGCUCUGUUGUCGCAGAGCCGGGGCAAGGCAUUUUACAAUUCCAAUAGAAAACACUAAAUGGAAAGUCUAGAAUCACUAGUGACUAACUACUGGGAAACUAUUUUCUCAAUCUUCCUCCAUGUUGUGUUCUUUGUAUUCUCAAGAUGAUAAUAUAUUAUGUAUUUGAAUUGCCGAAAAGUUGAAAAUGAAAUUUAAGAUAUAUGUAUAUAAAGCGUAUGCUGUAUUGGUGCAAUAAUGGUAAUUAAAAAUAUGGAAAAAGGUA